CCUGCUUUUUGCCAGAUGCCUUGAGAUUGGCUGGGGACCAGUUGCCAUAGCGAUGGCCCAAAGACAGUUCCAUGGCUGGCAGGUGGAGGUAGGGGAUGGGGCAGGACACUGAUAUGCUAAACACUCAGCAGCAGUUGGUGAGGGCCACAUCAAGAAGAGCCAGGCAGGGCCUUAGGCCUCAGGCUCCAGGGACAUCAGUCGGGCUGCUCAAGCUUCUGUCGAGGACCCCCCAGGCGGAGCAGGGUGCCGUGGGGAGUGGUGAUGUUGUACUAAGGCAGGGCCAGACAAAGAGGUCUCAGAGUGCAGGGCAGAGGACAAAGAAGGACAGCAAGCCCCGGGGGCAGACCAAGAAAGGACGCUCCACUGAGAAUCCCUUCCCCCGUCCUUCUCGGGAACCCUCCUUCCCGUUCCAGUGGGCCUGGGAGAGCCUCAUCACAGAGGGCCAGGCUCUGCUUCAGCCAAGCUCCCCUGAGGCCCCCGGCCAUCAGGCCCCAGCCCCGCUCCCAGUGGUCCCCCAGCUCAAGUCCAGGUGCAAGUCCAGCGUCAGCCUCUCAGAAGCUCUGGAGAGGAGACAGCAGCUGGGGGCCUGUGGCGGUACGCCCCUCUCACCCAGCAAAGGGGAGAGUCAAGGGCUGGAGCCAUCCAGCGGGUGCAGCUCCCCGCUGCCAGGUAAGAGGUCAGGAUCGGGAUCAGAGUCCAGAGAGGCUUCUGAGCCGGAAGGCGGGGGUGCUGAAGAAGCGGAGCGGGGUCUGAGCCCCGGGGAGCGGCCUCAGCUGCCCGCCGGACAGACGCUGUCGGAGGAGCGCUUCUUAGAGGCGACUGUGGAUGCGGAGGAGAGGGAGCACAGUGCCUCUCACAGCAGAAAGAGCUGUUCUCGGAAAAAGGGGCCGAAUUCGGGCGAGGAGGCCUUAGGAAAGGAGGCGCUGCAGGCGCGAAGCUCCAGCUCCCACACCCUCCGAGGGCCGCAGAGGGGCAAGUCUAGGGCCCAGGAGGUGGAGGGACCCUGGGACCUGGAGAAGCUGCGGCAGCAGUUACAGCAAGAGUGCUGUGACCCUCAAAAGCAAACCUGGAAGGCACUGCGGCAGUCUGCUGUGCAGACCUCCAACGGCAGAGGGAAGGCCCGUGCCUGGGGAGAUGAUGAAACUUUCUUGUCGGCCAACUUUCCUAAUCGCACCUUCCACAAACGACACCAAGCCACUAGGAGCCUGCUGCAGGCCUGGGAGCGGCAGCAGCAGGAGGAUCUGCAGCAGGCUGAGCUGCGCAAGGCCCGCGAGCAGCGCAUUCAGCAGCAGGUGACCCGCUGCCUGGCUGCCUACAUGCCCCGAAGGAGCCAGGGGUCCUGGGCCACCCAGCGCAAGCUGGAGGAGCUGAGGCGCCAGGAGCGACAGCGCUUUGCUGAGUACCAGGCGGAGUUGCAGGGCAUCCAGCACCGGGUGCAGGCCCGGCCCUUCCUGUUUCAGCAGGCCAUGCAGGCCAAUGCCAGGCUGACCGUGACCCGGCGCUUCUCCCAGGUGCUGUCGGCACUGGGAGUGGAUGAAGAGCAGCUUCUGGCUGAAGCAGGAAAAGGGGAUGCAGAGGGCACUGCCAGGAAGCCCAGGGGCCACAGAUCAAUGGGGGUGAGAAUGGAACCCUCUUCUCAGAGCCCUCCAAGGACUGAACCCAUCAGCAGCCAGCCGGACAGGCGCUCCUCUCCCAGCCUGGACCCAGAGAAUAGUCAAGAUAAAAAUUAAAGGUGCUGUGGUAAAUA